AUGCCGGCGCAGCCGACUCCCCCCCUGGUGUCGACGGCAGACUCGCGUGCGUCGACGCCGCAGAGCAUGCCUGUGCCUGGGCAAGAUGCACGCAGGAGCGUCAAGGUGAAUACUGUAGUCAAUACGCCGUACUUUACGCCGGGGCAGUUCGACCGCCUCCUGGCGCGUGCGCGCCAAAACAAGAUGCCGCCGGCGAGGUGGGAGCAAGGCAAGAUGCUUGCGUGCUCGUUCAUCGCCGCGGCGGGUGCGAAGCUCGGAAUACCCCAGCGGACGAUCGGAUCCGCCCAGCUGCUGUACCAGCGCUUCCACCUCUUUUACCCCCCCGCCGACUUUGUGGUGCACGAAGUGGCGCUCGCCUGCCUCUUUGCCGCGUCCAAGCUGAACGACACGCCGAAACGAAUCCACGACCUCCUGCUCACGAGCUAUGCACUGCGAUACCCCGAACUCCUCGCGCCGCCGAGCGGCGCCGACUCGGCGAUGGACUGGGUCGCCCACGCGCACCUCGGCGAGGGCGACGUCGACGCCGAGAGCCUCGCGCAGGAGCGCGCACGCCUCCUGACGCUCGAGCGCCUCUUGCUGCAGUGCAUCUGCUUCCAGUUUGAGCUGCGCAGCACGCGUAUUCUGCGCACCACGGUGAAGAUCGCACGGCACUGGCAGCUGGCCAAGGCGCCGAGUGCACUCGCAUGGCGCAUCGCGUGCGACAGCCACCGCACGCCGGCGCCGCUCCUGUAUCCCCCCCAGGCGGUCGCCGCGGGCUGCGUGUACGCCGCGGGGGUCCUGUACGAGGCAUGCGGCGAGCCGGCCGAGGUGUUGCGCCACUUUGCCUCGCCCGGCGCGUGGCCGAGCCUGCGGACGUGCGCCGCGGACGCCGAAGAUGUGGCAUACCACAUCUUUUCGCUGUACACCGCGCAUGCCUCGAGCCUCGGCGAGACGGGCCGGGGGCCGCUGCCCGCGUAUGUCUCCUACCCGCCCCCCCUCGGCCUCUUGGCGUGGCGUGCGCUGCGCCUCGAAAAAACGCUCCCGACCUCGCCCGCGGACCUCGAUGCGCUGUUGACGCAGGCCAAGAUCAAGCUGCGGCACGACGAGCAGGCGCGCGCCGAGCCAGAGCGUGUGCAGCGCCAGCGCGCCGUCGCGCGUGCGCAGGACGCGCUUGCGCCGACCAUGUAUCGUGCGGAGCUGCUUGGGCAGCAAAUGGUAGCUACGCGGUAUCUGCUCGAAUAA